GCGAGGAGAGUCUUGGGCGCUGAAUCAGCGGCGGGCUAAAGGCGCUCCGGUGCCCAUCUGCGGAGCCAGGCGCGCAAGUUCCGCGCAAGGGAGAUGCUCGGCUGCGGCGCGCUGCUGGGGCUCUGGGCCCUCCUGCUGGACCCUGCCUGGGGAGAGCCCUUGCCCGAGACUUUGUGUCCCAGAGGUCUUUCCUGGAGUCCAGACCUGGAGAAAUGCAUGGAUUGUGCCAUGUGCCAAACCCACAACAAGAAUGACUUCUGCUCUACGUGUGGAGCUCCCCAACCCCCAGACACGCUCAACUGGUGGAUCCUCCUGGGCGCAUCGGUGGGGGCUGUAUUUGUGGGUUUCGUCGUCAUUGGUGGGAUAAUAUACUAUGCUCGUUGCCGGCGGCGAGAAAAAUUUACCACCCCAAUUGAAGAGACUGGAGGCCACUCAGCUCAGGAAUCGCUGAUCGAUUGAAAGUCUUUUGGUCAGUGUUUCAGAUGACCGAGAGAAAAAAAGGUGCCUUCAACCGAUUACCUCUGACGUUCCCUAAAGACGCCGGAAGGAUGUUUUUCCUUUGCCCUGCGAUCCUAGGGCAUUCCACUUUUGCACCCACUGUUUUUUUGGGGGUGGGGUCUGUAGCCCUCUUUCCUGGUAUGAAUUUCAGGGAGAAGUAACCGCGAUCCCUUUUGUAAAGGUUGAUCAUCCUCCCCAUAAUUUUUUGCAGUGUUAGGGAGAAGAGUGGAAGCGCUCUUUCCUAAAUCCCCCCAAGAUCCAAUGCCCCAUAUUGGGGAGAUGUUUUGGGACUGGGGCCCAGCUGUGGGGCAGCUCCCAAAUCCCUCCCAUCUUGGGGGCCCUUUGUCAAGGAACCUCACAGUAUCUACUGUUUGCUUUCCUCUACAGCACAGAUGUCAAACUCGCGGCCCUCCAGAUGUUAUGGACAUCAUCCCCUGCAUGCUGGCAGGGGAUGAUGGGAACUGUAGUCCGUAGCAUCCCGAGGGCCACGAAUUUGACACCUAUGCUCAACAGAGCCUCUUAGGGUCAACAUGAAUGUGACUGGUAGUUUUAUCUGUAUAUAGAGAAUAUUAUUGGGUGCUGAGUCUCUCUGGAAGAGGAGCGCAGGCUAUGCUUCUAUCAAGCUUCCCUUGUGCUUUUCUGUGGCUGGGCCACUAUGUGAAUUGGCUAAGUAGCCGCUGCUUAAAACCAACACUAAUGUCCUUUCUGUCUCUUCCCCCCCCCCCCCACACACACACCUCUGGUGCUCCCACAGAGAGGUUGCUAUUUAUGUCCGCUCCACCAUGGUGUGAAUGAAAGCGAGCCGCGAAAGAAAGAAAAACCUUGCAUGUUACGUCUUGAAGCAGAGUUUGUGGAUUUUAAAAAUAAAAAAAAUUCUUAGGAA